AUGCACUCGACUAUUCAUCGCGUCAUUUUAUUCUCGUGCGCCGCUUUACUUUGCACAGCAGGCCCCAUUGAAAGAGAAGACACUGCAGUCUUUCUGAGACAUCCACAAGAACAGUUUUGCUCAGCUGAUUUUGGUAAGUCAAGAUGUUUCAUAGAAAAAAAAGUUGUCGAAUACAUGUAAAAAAAUAGUUCGUGGCUCGUAUGACGAGGCCUUUUGUUUGGGCCGAGGAACUCAUCAAACACCUUUCAGAAUUUUCAAGUGAAUCCGUUGGGCACCGUGCUCAAAGUCUCGAAAUGGUAAUAGUAUGGCUAUCUACCACAGACGAACUCCAAACCGCACGUUCCCGAGUUACAUUUAUAUACACACAGAGAAAAAGAAUUGUUGAAAUAAACAAGUAUCUGUAAAUGAUUUGAUAGCGAAACAACGCAGAAAGGAUUCUCCGUCUAAACGAAGUAACGUUGCGAUCUUUCAAGGCCAACUUUAUUUUUACAACAGGGAAAUUUGCCUAUAAACAAAAUGAAGCUUUGAUAUAACACUGUUUUAGGCUAUAAAAAUACAAAACAGAUAAGACCAAAUCUGUUAAGGAUGCCAAAGAUUACAAGGAUUGUAAAUGAUGACUUUGAAAAGAUGCACAAUUCUUUUAAAUUUCUUUCUUGAUGAAUCCUAGUUUGCCCGAGCAAUGGGAGUUCGUCAGAAGGGUCAAUUUAGUUCACACAAUGAUUGUGCAUGAUCUCUCAUGUAAUCUAAAGCGGAUACACGACGAAUACGUGAUUUUUGAAAAAAGUGUUAAGCGGAGCGUACAUUUUCUCGGAAGUAUCGCCCUUAAACGUUGCGUAUUUUGUUAAGAAACAAUAUUUAAGAUAUGCAUUUGGAAAUUAUUAUUUACAAUUGAUGGAAGUAAAAAUAUUUGUACUCGUUGGAGGCCGGAAACAAUUUUUUACGACGUUAAUUUCUGUAAUCUUUCGUGACUUGUGCAUGGGGGGGAAGGAACUUCACAGUACAAUAGAAGGUUCGCCCAAAAUGACGUCAAAACUAAACCCAGAACAAAAGCUAUGAGCCAGACGUUGAGCGCAAAUGUGGAGUAAGCAUACAUUUAGCAGCAUAUCUUAAUCACAACUGUACAGUUAGCAUUUUUCUUUUAACCCUUUAACUCCUAAGAGUGACUAACAUCUAGUUUCUCCUUUCAAUAUUUUGCUCUUGUAUCAAACCGUUGAGAAACGUUGAUCAUUUAACGCUUGAUGUCCCUUUCAGCAGGACUGACGUCUUUAAGAAUUCUUUUUUUUUGUUCGAAUCUCUCGCCUGUGGAAUAAACUACCCCUUAGUUUAAGGGAGUCAAAUACCUUGUCGAUCGUUCGUAAGAAUUUGAUGGCCUUUUAUCAUGAUAAAUUUAACGUAGAUUUUUUUAAAUUUUACACUGUACUUUACUAAAUCAUUAGUCCACUUAUAAUAAUUUUAUUGAUUAGCCUUCAUGUCGCAUGUCUUUUACAACUGACAUGUUACACUAACGACUUUUUAGAUAAUUUUAUUACUUAAUUAAUUCUGUAGAUGUAAUAAUAAGUGGCCUAUUUUUAAGGAGUCUUGUAUUCUGUUUUAAGCCUACCUCAAAUUUGUCAUUUUACUUGUAAAUCAGAAACUUGAUUAAAUAUCACCCCUGAAUCACACAGUAAGGAAACAAGAACACAGGAAAUGAUCACCAACUAAACAGGCUCUUGAUUGUUACUCAAAUUUUCCCUGUCAGCACCUUAGGAAAUGUAUAGAGAACAGUAUUGAGGAUAUGCAUGCUAUUGUUAGGAUGUAAAGGAUGUUCGGAAACUUCACUGUUUAUCAGUAAAGUUGCGCAUAUAUUUUAAGAUUCUUCUUAUCACAUCUAAAAUACUUCAAAGCUUAGUUCCAAACUAUCGUAAGAAUUUAAUUUCUAUCUUGCCUGUUUCACAUUAUCAAUUCCGUCGCAAUAAUAAUGGCACAUUGCUUGAAUCUCCACGAUUCAUAACGGAAAAGACUAUGGGGGACCAAUCAUUUACAGUGGUGGCCCCGGUCCUAUGGAACGGCCAUCCCUUGCCAAUAAGGCAGACUAAAAGCGUUGAUUCUUUUAAACGUUUACUUGAGACUUAUUCGUUUUCCAAGGCAUUUUUGGUACCUUUUUUAGAAAACAUGCAUAUACAUGCAUGCAUACAUACAUAUAUAUAUAUAUAUAUAUAUAUAUAUAUAUAUAUAUAUAUAUAUAUAUAUAUAUACACAUAAGUUAAAGAAUUAAAGAGGACGCAUCGAUCUUUAAUUCUUUAACUUAUGUAUACUUAGCUCUGCUACCACAGCAUUGAGCACUUUAUGCCUAGUUAGACUCUACCCCCACAUUCAUAUAUAUAUAGUUUUAUUAAGUUAUUAUUAUUUGUAUUAUAAUUGUUGUAACGCACUUUUGAUAAUUUAUAUAGAAAAGACGCACUAUAAGUAAUAAAUGUUGUUGUUUUUGUUGUAGAGGGUUAAGAUAUCUGCUUAGGAUUUAAAAUUUCCUCAAUAAAACGAACCUGCUUCCUUUGAAUGAUUCGUGGAACCUUGCAGAGUCGGUGUUUCAGAAUUACACCAAACGCGAUAUGUUUGUUAGACAUACUUAUCACCCAGGCCACUUGCACCCUGGGAAGUUCUCUCGGGUAAUCCCCGAGGAAGUUUCCGUUAGGUGCGAUCAGAGAGUUCUGCAGUAGACAAACGAAGGAAAACGCACAAAGUUUCUAUGAGAACAAUGUGAAGUGUCAAUGAGAACUGAAAGACAUUCUUUGCUUUGCAGCGGUUCGAGCCGAGGUCUUGCCGAAGAACCAGUCAAGAGAAGAGAACCACAAACAAAGUAUAUUCGAACACGAUCUUAAAAUUUAUCAUAUUUACAAAGGACAGGAGAAAUUCCCGGAAAUCACCAUCAACAUCACUGCAGAUAAUGGUUCUUUCGUAAAAGCCUACAGUGUUCACGUUGAGCUUCGAAGCAGCACUGAGUAUUUCCUCGCUGGAAGUAUCAAGAAAGGGGAGAUUCUGCUGAAUCAGCGUAGCUGGAUUCAACCGUGGAAAGAAGUUACUAGCGAACAGCGUGAGGGAAUUGAGAGAUUUUACGGUCGAAACUGCGAGUGCCAUAUUACACCGGCUUGCUUUGGAGCAACUGACUGCGUUCAGCCCUUGAAAGGAUGCCAGGUCUCCCACGAUUAUCACACAAUGCAACAAUUCUACCAGGGCUGCGAAUGGCGUUACUCUUACUGUAAGAAAAACAGGGAGGCAACCGCAUGCUCAUGGCAAGAAACCGCUGAGUAUAGAAACUGCAGAGACAAAGUUUUACCUUGA